AUGUCGAAGUUUUUUAAGGGAGCUGUAAGCUCCGACUCCUCUUCAGAGUCCGACAUUUCCGAUGUUGAAGAAGAGGUACCGAUCAAAAAGGUCCCACUUGACAGCGAGGACGAAGAGAAGCGUAUCGUCCGUACGCACAAAGAGAAGAAAUUCAAGGAGCUCAAGGACCUUAUUAAGCAGAUUAACAACGCUAAAAACAAUAAGGACUUCACCAAAACAUUAGCUGUGUUUGACGAUCUGGUAAAGGCAUACGACAAAUCAAAGACGGCGUUGUCGAAAAUAAACCUAAAAGCGCUCACUAACUUACGACAGAAAGUUCGGAAGUAUGUGAAGGAGUUCGAGCAGAAAAUCAGUGAUUAUCGGGAAAGUCCUGAUCCUGUAGGCUACGAGACUCCCGAGGAAAAAGACGGAGAGGUUGCUUUAUCCACUUUAAAGGUUGCACUUGAUCUCAUCGAUGACGAGGACGAUGAUGGUGGUGAAUGGACACCUAUUACAAAGGAGAAACAAGUUCAUCUGUUUGAACCCAAACAAGAGGUCACACAUGAGGCGAUGAUCAGUAAGCUGACCGAGGUGAUGGCAUCAAGGGGUCGUUUAGGCACGAACAGAAAGCAGCACGUACGCCUACUACAAGAGUUAUAUAAAAUUGCCGAAGAGAAAAAGCUCGGUGUUGGAAUUUCUGUCAAAAUUUUGUUUAACAUCAUUUCAUCGCUUUUUGAAAUAAACACAAAAAUUAGUGACUUCAUGGAAUUCUCAAACUUCAACAAGACGCUUGUUGCGGUUACGGAGCUUCUAGACAUUUUAAUAGCACAUCCAGAAGUUAAACUUUCAGUAAAGUUCUUUGAAGAAGAAGAGAAUCUGAAGGACGAAACAAUGCCGUACAAGAUCCAAGGAUCACUGUUGAUGACAGUUCAGCGUCUUGACAGUGAAUUGACGAAAAUUCUCCAGAAUGCCGACUGUCAUUCUAAUGAUUAUAUUGAAAAGUUGAAAGGAGAGAAGGACAUGUGUACUUUGAUCGAACGGACCGAGAAAUACGUGCAGGAGCGCAUUCAUGAGGAUAUUUUCGAUGUGGACGAAGUUUGCAAAGUAUACAUGACGAGAAUCGAGCAUCUUUACUAUAAGUACCAAGACAAUUACGACGGUGAUGAGCCUGUUGGUGAUAUAAUGGACCGACUUUGCAAGAAGAUUUAUGCUCUGGACGAGGAAAAACGGUUAAGACAACGAGCAAUGUUAUGCCAUGUAUACUGGUUAGCGCUGCAUGAUGAGUGGCACCGUGCUAGGGAUUUAAUGUUAAUGAGUCAUCUUCAAGCUAUCGUUGAUCACUCAGACACAGAUACGCAGAUUCUCUACAAUCGAACCAUUUGUCAACUAGGUCUUUGUGCGUUCCGCCACGGCUUUAUUAAGGAGGCACAUCAGGGAUUGUCUGAGAUUCAGAAUACUCAACGAGCUAAGGAAUUGCUUGCUCAAGCAGUUACUAUGAGACAGCACGAAAGGACUGCUGAACAGGAGAAGUUGGAACGUCAGCGUCAAGUGCCUUAUCACAUGCACAUAAACGUAGAAUUAAUGGAGUGUGUUUAUCUGAUUUGCUCUAUGUUGCUAGAAAUUCCACAUAUGGCAAGCUGUGAGUUUGAAAUGCGACGACGAUUGCUUAGCCGGAGUUUCCACUAUCAGCUCAAACAAAGUGAGAAAUCUUCUUUGAUCGGUCCACCGGAAAAUACCAGGGAGCAUGUUGUCGCUGCUUCUCGAGCAAUGCUAGCUGGUGAUUGGAAGAAGUGUCGUGAUUACAUAGUUAACGAUAAAAUGAACCAGAAGGUAUGGAACUUGUUCCGAAACGCAGAAAGUGUGAAGGAAAUGGUGGUUAAGCGCAUUCAAGAAGAGUCGCUUAGGACCUAUUUACUUAUGUAUUCAACUGUCUAUGCAACAGUAUCUCUUAAAAAAUUGGCAACUUUGUUUGAGUUGGACAAAAAACAAGUUCAUAGUGUAAUCAGCAAAAUGAUUAUUCAAGAGGAGCUAUCCGCUACUCUCGACGAGCCAACAGAUUGCUUAAUGAUGCAUCGCGUAGAGCCCUCGCGCCUUCAAAUGAUUGCAUUGAAUCUUACAGAUAAAUUGCAACAACUGGCUGAUAACAAUGAACAGAUUCUUGAGCCCCGUACUGGAAGAAGUGGUUAUGCUGGUCCUGGACAGUGGUUUCCUGGGCGUAGCGAUCGACAGGGUGAGAAACAAAAGGGAGAGCGUGGGGGAUCUGAGAGCCAUAGUAAACGUGUUUGGGGAGGAACUGGCGCAUCAACUCAAAGCCGGCGUAGAGAAUCCCAAAAAUCACGAUUCUAA